GGUAACAGCUUUGAUGCGAAUGAGACAUGGAUACGUUUGCCUUUGCAAUUCUAUCAAGUAAAAAAAAGGAAAAAGCAAGUAGCCUUUAAACGGACUUCACACGAUUAACAACAACUCCACUUUUCUUUCUAUGUCUUUAUAAUUAUCUGUUUAGGUUGUUGCGUGGCGCGCACCAAAUAGCAGUCAAGAGUGACAGACACCGAGGGGGUUUUAUUCUUUUGACAGAAAUAACUUAUAUCGUUCUAAUUCAAAUAACCUCUGUUUUUAAAAAGUAAAUGUGACUAAAUAGUGACAUGUUUAACCAGCGUGAGGCACAUCUGUCUUAUUUGACAGUGGCAGCAGUGCGCUUUAAGUCGUAACAGUGUCAAUAAGAUAAUGACGCGCACGGCUGAAGUGAGGCGUUCACUGAAGAUCAUGUGAGUCUUGCCUGAAGAAAUCCAAUAGUAAUUUCUUACUAUUUCAAAGAUGUUUUCGAUGAACACGAGCGGAGAAGACCCGUUAACUUUUCCGUACGAGGACUCGCGCGACUCACCGGUGGAGACGCUCUCUCGGGAGGGAUUCAUCGCGCUGUCCGUGGUGCUGGGAUUGAUCAUGACUUUCGGCUUCUUGAAUAACUUCAUCGUCUUAGUCCUCUUCUGUAAGUUUAAAAAGCUUCGGACUCCGGUGAACUUGCUUUUGUUAAACAUCAGCGUCAGUGACAUGCUGGUGUGUGUGUUCGGGACGAGUCUGAGCUUCGCGUCCAGUGUGCGGGGACGGUGGCUGCUCGGGCGACGCGGAUGCAUGUGGUACGGUUUCAUCAACUCCUGCUUCGGCAUCGUGUCUCUGAUUUCCUUGGUGGUUUUGUCCUACGACCGCUACAGGACAUUAACAGUGUACCAUAAACACGGUCCAGAUUAUCGUAAACCUCUGCUGGCGGUAGGAGGUUCCUGGCUGUACUCGUUGAUCUGGACUGUGCCCCCCCUUCUGGGCUGGAGCAGUUAUGGGCUAGAGGGGGCAGGAACCAGCUGUUCUGUAUCAUGGAUCCAACGCACCGCACAGUCUCAUGCCUACAUCAUCUGCCUGUUUAUAUUCUGCCUGGGCAUUCCAGUGCUCAUCAUGGUCUACUGCUAUGGGAGACUGCUUUACGCCGUCAAGCAGGUUGGGAAGAUUCGCAAGAUGGCAGCUCGUAAAAGGGAAUACCAUGUUUUAUUUAUGGUCAUCGCCACUGUGGUGUGCUACCUUCUGUGCUGGAUGCCAUACGGCAUCGUAGCCAUGAUGGCUACAUUUGGCCGGCCGGGAAUCAUCUCAGCCGUGGCCAGCGUGGUGCCCUCUCUCCUCGCCAAGAGCAGCACAGUCAUCAACCCGCUAAUAUACAUCCUCAUGAACAAACAGUUCUACAAUUGCUUCCGACUCUUGUUUUGCUGUCAGAAAGUGUCGGUGCAGAACGGUCACUUCAUUAUGCCCUCAAAGACCACAUUCAUUCAGCUCCACCGCAGAGUCUACAGCAACACAGUAGCCUGCACCGCACAGAUCUCCACUGGAAUCCACAAUCAUGAGUGCAGCACACCUCUGACGGAGGGAACAAACCCACCACAGGUCACCACCUGAGCCCAGCAAUCCUGCUCCAAAACACUCACUGCUGUCUGCUGCAUAUUCUGUCACCUCUGCCAUGAUGUUGAAAUCUCAUCACAUUAUGUGGGACACCGUGCAUUAUUGUCAACCCUACUGUUCUUUAUUGAAUGUAGCGGUUGAAUCUUAUUCUGUUGUGUCUGUGUUUAUCUUAUCCCCACAGUUUAUCUUUACUGUGCUUCUUUGUUCCUUUACUAUGAGCUUGCUUGCAACAAAAGGUGUUAGGUUCGCAGUGGUAUUUGCAGGCAACACAAACUGAGAAAAUGCGUAUCUACAGCAUAUAUACAGUAUAACUAGAUGCCUCAUUCAAGCGCUACAGACAUGUAUAUGUGUCCACCAUAUUGGAACAGUCCACUGACAUCACUCACAGUUUGUUAAACUGCCAAAACACUGCGCACCCAUGGCUGUGAAAUCCACAAGGAUUUACAUUUCCAAGAAAUGGGAUACCCUUUCGUUGUUGUCGUGUUAGUUUAGCAAAUAAAAUGAGUUUACACAACAGUAAAUACGGUUUCAUAAUCAUGCUGUACAUGCGUAUAACUAUAGUUGCAAAUGCAGUCAGGUUGCUUUUGAUUGUUCACAGACUUAAUUUUAAGAAAUAAAAUCUUAGGAUUGUCUUUCACGUGGAUCACAAGUUUUUUCUGCAGAGCAUCAUAUACUAAGGAGAGCAACAUGAUGCAACGAGUCCACGUUAUUUUUGGCGCAACUUGUUUGACGUGCACCAUCAGUACAUGGUGCACGUUUCAUUGAUUUUAAACACGUACGAUAGUUUUGUCAGAGUUUACAAUGCAGAAGCAGUGUGGUAUCAUUUGCCUGUCAAAUUAGCGCUUUAAAGCUUUAACGAAUUUGAACAGAAGUUCAGAAACAUUUGAGAAUGCACUUUAUUUGCACGCAACUCCUUUCAUGCGUACUCUGAAUUUAUCGGAAGGGAGACAGAGAAUGCACUGAUUCUAAACUUACAGUCUUGAAAGAAAAACAUUGGUACUUAUUUGAUUUAGGCCCUACAGGUUUUUAUGAUGCAGAUGUAACGUUUCUCUUAUCGUUUCUGCUGCCUGAGUGGAUGUUUUGUCCGCCCGCAGGUUAAAAUUGCAAUGUGCGGGUUGCGCACGUGCGCAGCUUAAAGAGAACAUUGGUUGUAAUAUUUCUGUGCCCAUGAUUUACAUUUUUAACAAAAAGUUGCCUGCGAGUAAACAUUAAUUAGCGGACCCCUUGCAGUUCCACCGUGGACCCCCGGUUGAAGACCCAUGGUUUAAAAUAAGCCCAAUUUUACAGAAAAAAAUUACAGACUUUGCAACACCGUACCGUUCCAAUAUGGCGGACGAUCUACUUACAGCGACCCAUUGAAACAGCUGCUAUUGCGAUAUCUAGUUAUAUAUAUCUAUGGGCGCAGUGAUACUUGCGUAAUGCAGUUAGCUGUAUUUUACAACGACUGACUGCAUUACACAACGGCUUCGUGUCAGUGGCGUGUCCAAAGGGGUGGCACCGGGUGGCAGCUGCCACACUGAAAAUGAGCUUUGCCACCUCAGUUGCCACCCCAACUGACCAUACAGUCACGACUUGGGUACUAGUGUAAUGUACAAACAAUUUUUGGAUUAGGUUUUUGGAGAGCGUUAUUUUUGCUCAAAAUCGCAAAUUUCUAAUAUUCUGAUAGAGACGCGUGUCUGUCGGCGUUUGAGCAGGCUGAUCACAGGUUGAUCUGUGAUCCGUGUGGAACGCGCCCCACUGUUCCGAUGCUUCUGACCCGUGGAUUAACUGUAAAGUUUAUCUGUCAAAGAGAUAAAGACAGUUCUAAAUGCGAUCUCUUUCCUUCUCUCUACCUCGGCGAGUUCAGUAUGAAAGCGCAUUCUAGCAUAGCGUAUUUCUUUAUUUAAAUCACUGCGUAAGGCAAAGUGUAAAGUUAAAGUACUAGUGUUGUGUAGCAUUAAAGCUGUUUGCUGCUAAUUCGACAUACAAAUGACGCCACAAAGUGUCUGUACUAGCUGUACAAGAUAAAACUAUCACAUGCGUUUAAAGUAAAUAAAGUGCGCGCUGCUGGACAAGAAAGAGCCGCAGCAGUGCAUGCUAGGAAGUGAAGACCACAUCUCUCAAUCUGACCUCAAGAGAUCCAU